GAGAGCAAGGCUGGUUUGCCAGCCUGCCUCUGUGAGGAGCCUCGGACCAGAAAACAUGCAGCAGUGUGGGGAGAUGGAUCUCUCUUGAGCUUGCUGGUGGAAAGGGGCUGGGAGUCAGCAGGAAAGCAGGCUACUGGUCUGCAGCACCAUGCUGGAUCCCAAGCCUCACUCUGCAAGCCAGAGGUGAAUCCAGGUGAAAGCCAGCUAUCACAGUAGGUGUCAGGAUGACCAAAGCACGGCUCCUCCGUCUCUCUGUGGUGCUGGUCUCCAUCUUCAUGAUCCUCCUGAUAAUUGUGUACUGGGACAACGUGGGAACGGCUCACUUCUACCUGCAUACGUCCUUCUCCAGGCCUCAUUCCCCAGGAGGCAUCCCUGGUAUCGUGGCAGGUGAGGACUGGGAAGCCUUGCCAGAUGUGGAUGAGUUUUUGGCAAAGCUGCUUAGUUCAAGCCUGAAACAGAAUAGCUCUAUCCCCCGAAAGACAGAGCAUCUACUUGUCCAGGGCUCCAGCAAGCCUGUGGUGAGCAAUUUAGAGGAGAACGUGCGGGGCUAUGACUGGUCUACACACAAUGACAGAAAGAGCUUGGACCAAGAGAAACUGCAGAUAGAGAGGCAGAGAACGUUGCGAGAGUUUUGUGCCAAUUCCAGCUUCACUUUCCCCACCAAGGAGCGCUCCUUUGAUGAUAUCCCAAACUACGAGCUCAACCACCUGAUCGUGGAUGACCGCCACGGCAUCAUCUACUGUUAUGUGCCCAAGGUGGCCUGCACCAACUGGAAACGGGUGAUGAUUGUGCUAAGUGAGAGCCUGCUGGACCAGGGGGUGCCCUACCGGAACCCUUUGGAUAUCCCCCGGGAACACGUCCACAACACCAGCACCCACUUGACGUUCAACAAAUUCUGGCGUCGUUAUGGGAAGUUCUCCCGGCACCUCAUGAAGAUCAAACUGAAGAAAUACACAAAGUUCCUCUUUGUACGAGACCCUUUUGUCCGCCUCAUCUCUGCCUUUCGCAGCAAAUUUGAGCUGGAGAAUGAGGAGUUCUACCGGCGGUUUGCCAUCCCCAUGCUAAAGCUGUACUCCAACCAUACCAACCUUCCCACCUCCGUUAGUGAGGCCUUCGGGGCAGGCCUCAAAGUAUCCUUUUCUGACUUCAUCCAGUACUUACUGGAUCCCAGGACAGAGAAGAUGGUCCCCUUCAAUGAGCACUGGAGGCAGAUUUACCGUCUGUGCCACCCGUGCCAGAUAGACUAUGAUUUCAUUGGGAAGCUGGAGACGCUGGAUGAGGAUGCUGCUUAUCUAUUGCAGCUCCUCAAAGUGGACAGGCUGCUUCGUUUCCCCCCCAGCUACCGGAACAGGACUGCCAGCAGCUGGGAAGAUAACUGGUUUGCCAAAAUCCCACUGGCUUGGAGGCAGCAGCUCUACAAGCUUUAUGAAGCAGAUUUUGUACUCUUUGGCUACCCCAAGCCAGAAAACUUGCUUAAAGACUAAAAGUGAUUGGGUGGUGGGUGUGGGAGGGAACAUCUGAAAUACCAAAAAUGUUAAAAGCCUCCUCAUUUUUGCUCUUAACUCCUUUCCCCAUACAAGUUGGUACAAUGGAAUAUAUUUUUUCUACCGCUUCCCCUUCUGUUUUUGCAAUAAUGCCAGAGUCCAGGGUAUUCCAGCCAGCUGUGCAUAUGCAAAAAAUGCCAGGAUUUUUUGUUACCAUUUGUUUUCUGUUUUUUAAAAUGUCCCCAUGUUUUGCAGUGGGCCGCUGCCCUUGGUCACUCUGCCAGCUGUGUCCUUCAGUAGCUUUUUAUUAAUACUUUUUAAAAAUUAAUAUAUUUAAGAUAUUUAAUACGAAGUGUGUGUCGUGGCAAAGGAAGGGAAGGAAUAAAAAAAAAAAAAGUAAAAUUGAAACUCAAGAAAUUACGCACCUGCCUCUGUGUGUUGUCUCAGGGCUGCUGUUUUGGAGGUCUGAGGUUUGCAGAGCACUUGGAUCUCUUUGGGAGCUGGGUUUCAGUGCUGCUGCCUUCACUGGCCACGUCUGCUGGUGGUCAGGGCAGUUGGAUGGGUCAGUGCCUGCCUGCCAAACAGCCCUGGAAAAAUACUAGUGCUCCAGUGACGCGUGCUGCCAGGGUUGCAGGAAGGAAGUGGUGGUUGGGAGCAGUGACGCCAAGCCCCGCGCGGUGUUCCGGGACAGGCAGGUGACCAUUGCAGUACCUCUGCACUGCUUCACCUUUCAGCAAAGUGGUGGUGGAACUCUGCUUUCCAAAAAGCUGCAGUUUCUUGGCCCCUGUUUAUCUUGCUAGUGUGGAGCAUCUUUCACAUCCCGUUGCAAAACAAUGCCUGAAGUUCUUGGGGGUUGUGGCCAACCUGGAUGGGCAGAGCGUGCUCUCGGAUGGACGUGCUGUCCAGAAGUUGGCAUCCAGGCUUCACACAGCAGUAGCUGAGGCAGAAAGGCGGGUCACUGAUUCGCAGCCGGCUGUGGCGUGCUGCUCCAUGGCCUGGUCACUGCUGCGUACAGUGCAGGUCCCUUGGGAGCUGCUGUGUCCUCAUUCCUGUGCGUGCUUUAAGGGGACGUGGCAGGGAUGCAGAUGCUUAUCUCUGGAAGCAGAUCUGAAAGGUUUCUUUCAGUCAGCAGGCGUCAAGGUGAACUCAAAGUUUGUUUGUUUUCAGAGUGCCAGCUACUGCUUGUGAUGCUGCAUCCUCAUCCGCUGCCUUUCUGUUUAUACCAAAUGACUGAUGCAGAUUUAAUCAUCUGCCUUGCUGAGACCUGCUGCAGGAGGGAUGGUUGCCCACUGUGCUGGGAGCCUGUGGGCUGCUUCCCAAAGGAAAUUAAUGCUUUAGAGAGACUUUUUGUGUCUCAUCAGCUGAAUCUGCUUCUCUUAUUCUCUCUGAAUAGCUCUGCAAAAACUGUCUGCUUUGCAGAUUGAGCUUGCAACUCUGAAAGAGCUGAAAUGCUUAAUUAUAUUUCCCUGGGCUGUGGAUGGUAUCAGCGAUUAAGGUUCAGGGUCAGGCCUUGGGAGGCAGCCUUAUGUUUUGGGCAGACUUCUUUACAUUGGCCUUUUACUCAGUUUCUCUCCAAGGCCAUCAGCAGACGUGACUUCUCUCCUCUCUCCUUGCUUUCCCUAUCUCUGUACACAUACGUCUUCUUGGCAUUGCAUGCUCUUCCUAGCGAAUGUACCGUGAAGCUUUUUAACCUAUAAAUGAAAGGUAAUUGCUAGUAGUUAUGCUCAAAACAAAGGAUUUGUUUCUCAUUGUAUUCAUGCCACUCUCCUGUAAUUUCUGCAGAGAUAUUUGCAGUUUAAAUGAGCCCGAGGCCAUGAUCAAGGUCUUGGUGCUUAGCUCUUCACAGCUUGAGGGAAAAAGGAAGUGUUUGUUUCUGAGUCAUUAUAUAAACUAAUAAUAGAAAAGUGUUGAUCUAUUCAAUUUUUUUCCAGUUACCAGCUAAUUGCUGCAAAACAGAAAGAUGUUGAGAAUCUCAUCUCCUGUAAUGAGUAAUCCCAGGAGUCUCUUGGUUCCUGCUACAUUUACAUUUCUUCAGGGUGGGUUUGUGUCGCCCUUUAGAGAUACAGCAUGGAUGUUUUUGUCUCUUGUCUUUACAAAGCGUUUAUUUAUUUUCCCUCUUUUAAUUUAAAUUUAAUUGAUGUUUAGUAUGUAUAGACGUGGGUGGCUGGGACUGUAGUGCCGAUGCUGUGCAAACUUCCUUCCAGCUGCUUUUCCUGCACCUCCUGAUCUGGUUCUGCCUCUUCCUGCCCUUCCAACCUGUGCCUGGCCAGCGUAUCCCAUGGUGUCUGCCUCCUCAGCCGCAGUUGUCCUGUGAUUCACAGCCAUGACUUGUCCCAGGCAAGAGCCCAGCAGCCUCUUUUCAAGGUCACCAGCUGCCAGUCAGUCACCUGGGGCGGAGGAGGAACAGGUUGCAGAGUGUUACCAUCAUUUUUGGCAGCAAGGUCUUGGUUGUGUGACUGACAGAGAAGGUGCAAAAUGGCUGCAAAUCCUGCACAACAGCUGCUCCAUGUGAUGUGAGAGUGUGUCCUCUGCUUAGGACUGCCUUGAAAUUUAACUGUAAUAGAAGAAAAAGCCCUCCCUUCCCUUGCGGACAUCGGUUAGAGGGGAGAGACUUUGAAAGCUCUGAUUUCUCUCUUCUCUCUCCAUCCAAAGCUGCAUAAAGGGGGUAAAUUCCAGUGUUAUGUGCUAAUACCACCCUGAAUCACACUAGGGUCCAAAACACCCCGUGUGCAAGGUUCAGCAGGCUGCCUGCAUCCCGAGGGCUUCAUCAGCCUCCCGAAGAGCUGCAGUCAGGAGAACGUAUGGAUGGCAUGAAGCCAUUAGGGUUCUGUCUUUUGUACUUUGCCACUCACCCCGUGAAGUCCAGCCUUUGCUGACAUAUGAGAUGUUUUAAUAUUUGUAGGCACAUACCCAACCAGCACACUGGGUGUCAUUGGCAUUCUCCUCAUUUCCCAUUGCCACACUUCAAAGCACUUGCUGGGAGGAGCAGUAAAGCUCUGAUGGAGAGGGCUCACUUUGCAGUGGAUAGCUUCUGGGUUCCAAAUAGCUUGUUCCUUGCUGGCCUUUUCUUUUGAAGCCUUCCUUCCCCACUGUUCCACCACUGUGAAUGUAUUGUUAAGAAGUCAAAGGGGAUCCAGGCUGCGCUGAGCUUUGUGGUAAGACCACUGGGUUGCCAGAACUGAGAUGUAGCCUCUGGCUUUGGGAAUGUGCAUUUUUUGUGGGUUUCUUGCUCUGUUCUGAUGAUGUAAAAGUGAGGGUGGGGGGGGAAGAAGGACAAAGAGUUCAACCAGCUAUGCUUCCUUCCCCCCUGGUUUCCUAAAGGAGCUGGAAUUUGGUAUUUGACAAAUAAUGGCAGAAUGAUUGGAAAGGGCAGGCAGUAUGCAUCCGUGCUGGCUGGAAGUCAGAAGAGGGCUAAAAAUCCUGAAAUUUAGAUGGUUACAAUAGUGGUAC